UGUGUCUCUCUGGAGGUCGCCAUCGAGUGACGUCAGAUUGAAGCAACUUGGUGAAAUCGGGUUCGUUUUUUUCCCCGACUCGCGACUUGAACCGCCCAGUUUGAGUGGCGUUCCGGUGUACUUUUCUUGUUUCACUUUCAUGGAAUGCAGCAUAAAACCCUCCACAGUGCGUGACAUUCUCGGGCUGUGGAACUUCUUCAGGGGGCGACUGUAUAUGAAACGGGUUUCGCCUCUUCUUGCAAACACGGACAACUGCCGGGAGGACGGUUGCCAUCUACACAAUUCAGUGUCAUCCACUUCCGUGUUUUUUAUCUGCAAGAUCCAGCGAUGUCGGGAGAGUUUCUUCAGCGAAUUGGCACCUUCAUCUCAAGCGCAAAGCAGAUCGGCCGGCUCCCCCGACUUUGUGACCUCGUAUCUUCCUCCUUGCCGGUGCCUAGCCCCACUGUCCUUUCCAGUCAAGUCCCCAGCUUGUUUCGGGAACCUUAUAUCUUGUCGGGAUACCGUCCGGUCCAUCAGAAGUGGCACUGUUACCUCUUCAGCCUCUUCCAGCGACACAACGAAUCCCUUAAUGUUUGGACUCACUUGCUGGCGGCUGUUGUGCUCCUGCAACGCUGGUGGACUAAAAUCGGAGCCGCGGGGUACACCUUUACGCCAGCCUCUCUGCCUUUAGGCCUCUUCUUUGUGUCUUCCCUGACCUAUUUGUUCUUCAGUGCUGCAGCUCAUCUCUUUCAGUCUCACUCUGAGCAUGCGCACUAUUUUUUGUUUUUCUUGGACUACGUGGGUGUGGCUGUUUAUCAGUACGGAUGUUCCCUUGGACAUUAUUUUUAUGCCUCUGAGCCGGCAUGGAGAGACAGCUGCUUUGGCUCUCUGUUCCUGCCCGGCGCCGCUUUCUUGGGGUGGCUUUCCUGCGCCAGCUGCUGUUUCGCCAAAUCCAGAUAUCGGCGGCCGUAUCCCGUAGGUCGUAAAAUUUGUCAGCUGAUCCCCGCCACCCUCGCAUAUCUACUGGACAUCAGUCCUGUGGUUCACCGGCUUUCAACGGCGUCCUGGCUGGAGGAGCCCUCACUGCCCUUCCACGCCCUCCAGAUCGCGUCUUUACUUUUGAGCGUUGUCUUCUUCUCUUGCCCCAUACCCGAACGCUUCUUCCCAGGCCGCUGUGACUUUCUCGGCCAAGGUCACCAGAUCUUUCAUCUGCUUCUGUCCCUGUGCACCCUGUUUCAGCUGGAGGCUCUCUUCUGGGACUAUGUCGGGCGGAGGGAUACGUUGGUGGACACAUUCGGAGAAAGCCAGCUGUGGUGUGCAUGUAUAUCCUUCCCCGCCCUGUUUCUGUUUUGCAUUUUGACAGCACUUGUAACAAUGAGGCACAAACAGAAACAACUACAGGGUCAAAAACGGAGAGACAAUUAAGAGAAUGGUGUGUAUAAAUAGUAAUAUAAUAAUAAAAACCAGCAAUGAAAUGUAAAAUAAAUGUGAUGUAUUACAAAA